AAUACAUAAGUGUGAGGUGAGGGAGAAAUUAGUAACAAAACCGAUUGACCUGUUACCAGUCACCUCGAAGUUCAGUUGGGCAAACUUCAAUGGCAAAGGUCAUUCGAAAUCUUCUGUCCCGUUCAUCUUCCGCUCUACCACCGCUCAAAUUCCCCGACCUCCGCUUCCACGUCAACUGUAGUUUCUCCACUUCCGCCAGCAAAACUCCAAAGAACAAAGUCAAAAAAUUGAAGAAGAGCAACAACAACAACAAUAGCAGUGUAAUAAUUAACCAAAGCAAGCUUAAACUUUCGCAAGUGAAGCGGCGGACUCGGUCGGAGAAAGAGCUUGAUGAGGAGACGUUUAUGAAGAUGUAUGGAAAUGACAAUUCUGUACAUGUACCUGUCUUGCUUGGUGAAAUUCUGGAUGUUUUUACUUCUCUUACUCUACGAUCUUUCCUUGAUUGUACUCUUGGUGCUGCUGGCCAUUCCUCCGCGAUAAUUCGAGCUCAUCCCGAAAUGCAAGUAUAUGUAGGGCUUGAUGUUGAUCCCAUUGCACAUCAAUUGGCUCAAUCUCAACUGAGGAGUGUCAUAGAUAGGGACUCUUUUGAUACAGCUGCUGCCUUGAAAGUGCAUACCUUUUUGAAAAAUUUUAAGGACGUCAAGUCUGUGCUUGGUGAAGUUGAAGAUGAGUUAUUGGCUUCUGGAGUUAAUGGGAUCUUGAUGGAUUUGGGUAUGUCAUCUAUGCAGGUAAAUGAUGCUGAAAGAGGCUUUAGUGUGCUGAAGAAUGGACCUCUUGACAUGAGAAUGAAUCCAAAGGCAACUCUUAAAGCUGAAGACAUACUGAAUUCUUGGCCAGCUGAUGAAGUAGGACGAGUUCUGCGGGACUAUGGAGAAGAAAGCAAUUGGUACUCUCUUCAAAACAGAAUUGUUAAGGCUCGUCUACAUGGAGGGCUACAUUCUACCAAUGAGCUGGUAGACCUUAUUCAGAAUUCAACUUCGAGGACUAAAGGAAGGCAAGGUUGGAUUAAAACAGCUACAAGAGUUUUUCAGGCUUUGCGGAUAGCUGUUAAUGAUGAACUCAAGACUCUGGAGGAUUCUAUCCGUGCUUGUUUUGAGUCUCUCAGUUCUGGUGGAAGGCUCGCCGUAAUUUCAUUCCACAGUUUGGAGGACAGAAUAGUAAAGCAGGCAUUUCUCAAUAUUAUGAACUGCAGUGAAGUUGAUGGAGGUGGGGUUGAAGAUGAAGAAGGGAAGCGCUUACGCGAGCUGAGGAAAAUUAAUCUGGAUACUGUUAAAGAAGAAGCAUGGAUAAAACAGGUGAUCCAAAGAAUAAAUGGAACUAUCCUUACUAAAAGACCCAUAACACCAUCUGAAAAGGAGGAAACAUUAAAUCCUCGAAGUCGGAGUGCUAAACUAAGAGUGAUUCAGAAAGCCUGAAGAAAGGUGGAUGUUAUAGACGUAGCGGACCUUAAGGAGAUCUUUCAUUCUCGAAGCUGAGGAGCUUUACCAUUUGUUCAACAUCUAAAGUUAAGUAAUCACAUCUUUUUCCCGAUCAUCCUUCGGCUUUAUUCAUCAUGCAUAGUUGUCCUCAGAAGGAAUUAAGCCUUAUGAAGCUCUAGCUCCUCUAGACUUGUCAUCCAUUUCAAUGAUUCACCAAUUGAGGGUACGGCAUUCUAAUCUGCUAAUUUUCACAUUGUUCCAUCAAGGAAAUGGUGUACGUAUUACAAGUAAAAAGUUGUUAUCCUUACUGUCCGCCAAGACUAUAGAAUUAAAGCUUGAAGGUUCAAGCUUGCACCUUAAUAUGCUAAAUUCCACAAAAACCAACUUUAGGUUACUGGCGAUUCUGGACGUGCAAUAUAGGAAAGAACUUGACCGUUAUUCCAAGGUCUUAAAUAUCCUAGAUUCCGAGUAGUUCAGAUUAUCCCGAGGCUUUGAGAUCAAUGUUCUUGAUAUGUGAUUUCUUUUUUGAUUCAUUCUUUACUUUGUUGUACUUGAAGCAAGUACCUCACUGAGAGCUUUGUAUGUUCACGAAGUUCCACUACAAGGUUUCUUUUACCUGCGUUUCUUUCAGUUGUUGUGUUUAAUGUGCCUUGCAUAGUAGUGGAGAUGAUAAUGAGAGUUAAAUAGUGGACUGGUGUAUUGUUAUUUUGUUUUUGCAAACCUUUUAUAGACUCUGGAGUUGUAACUUAAAUGAGUAUGGUGAUAAUAGAUUAUUUUGUCUAAAGGAUUAGCGAUUUGG